AUGUUCUUCCUCUUUCGCUACAUUCUCUACUUCCUCUCCUUCUACACCUUCAUCACCAUGUCACUAUUCGCCCUAUAUAGCUACCUCCCUAAUCCUCCACCACUCAUCGGCUUCAUCGCCCGCGCCCUAUCAGCCUACCUAACCCUCAUUGUCAGUGCUGCGUAUGGCACACUCGCAUCGGCGGUUCUCAAACUAUUGGGCCUCCACUACAAGUAUGCGCAGUGGACUACCGGACGUUGCUUCAAAUGGUUGGGAGCCAUCACCAUGGGCAUCAAGUUCGACAUCAUAGACAACGGCCGAGAGAUCCUCGAUUCGAACCGACCCGUCGUUAUUGUCGUCAACCACCAGACCGAACUAGAUGUCCUUCUCCUCGGCUGCGUCUUCCCUUUACACUGCUCUGUCACGGCCAAGAAAUCCCUCCGCAAUGUCCCAUUCCUUGGUUGGUUCAUGACUUUGUCUGGCUCGGUAUUCAUCGACCGUGUUGAUCGCACUCAGGCUAUGAAAGCGUUCGAAGGUGCCGCUCGGGCAAUGCAGGAUAAACAACAGAGUGUUGCUAUCUUCCCCGAAGGUACACGAAGCUAUUCCGCCGAACCUAUGCUAUUACCAUUCAAAAAGGGCGCUUUUCAUCUUGCGGUUCAGGCCGGUGUACCCAUCGUACCAGUAGUGGCAGAAAACUACAGUCGUGUUUUGAAUGUCAAGGCAAAGCGAUUCAACGCUGGUACAAUCAGAGUUAAAGUUCUUGAUCCUGUCCCCACAAAAGGCCUUACUGCUGCGGACGUCGAUUCUUUGACACGCGACGUUAGAGAGAAAAUGCUCAAAACCAUCACAGAAUUAGGAAAAGAUCCCGAAUCUCGAUCCAUCAGUUCGAAGAAGGAUUCAUAA